AUUAUUUAGGAGUGCAUGCAAAAGAAAAAGAAGUACAACAUAUCGAGUCGUAUCCAUUGAAAUCAAAGGACCGAAAACAUGCUCUUUUGAAACUAAGAAACUCUGGAGAUUAUCAGCACAAUUGCAGUGUUUUAAAAUCAGGACAUGGAACUCUUAUAACGUAUACGAGAAACUGGAACGAUGCAUCUGCUGAGAAGUUCUUGCCUUGUCAGUAUUGCUUGGGUUUUUUUCUGAAAUCUUGUCUGUGGAGGCACAUUAAAAAUUGUCCUUUUGCCCCUGAUGAAAGAAAACCGAAAUAUAGAAAGAUUUCAUCCCAAGCCUCACUUCUUCUUCCAACGAAAACAGAGGUUAGUAAUGGGCUGCGAGAAAAUGUUUUGAAAAGAAUGUCUGCAGACGAAAUUAGCAUUUCAGCUAGAAAUGAUACAAUAAUUGUGAAAUUUGGAGAAAAAUUAUAUCAAAAGCAUGGACACUUGACUCACUUAUACACACAUGUUAGCCAAAAAAUGAGAGAAUUAGGAAGGCUUAUCAUUUCACUGAGAGAACUUGAUGAAGACAUUCAUUCACUUGAAGAUGCUAUUCUACCUCAGAAAUUCCCAGCUGUAGUGAAAUGCACAAGAACAUUGUGUGGAUUCAAUGAUAAUACAAAUUCAUAUGCAAACCCAUCAUUGGCUCUUAAGUUGGGUCAUUCUUUGAAGAAAUGUGCCAAAAUAAAAGCAUCUAUGGCUCUGAUUGAAGGAAGUGAAGAUAUGAGAAAAAAUGCAGAUGCAUUUUAUACUCUUUGUGAAAAUGAAUGGAGUGAUUCCAUUUCAAGCAGUGCUUUACAAACUUUAACGGCAAACAAAAUGAACAAAGGUCAAGGACUUCCUUUAACAGAAGACAUCAAAAAAAUUCAAAGCAUGUUAAAGGAAAAAAACGAAAAACUAGUUGUUUUGUUACAGAAAUCUGUAAAAAAAUCCAUCUGGGAUGAAUUGAAUCAAACGACAUUAGCAAGAAUUGUAAUGUUUAAUAGAAGGAGAGGAGGUGAAGCAGAAAGAAUAACUGUUCAAGCUUUUUGUGAAAAGAGAUCUAAAAAUGACUCGCUUAAAGAAAUUGAAGAUUCUCUAAAACCAGUGGAAAAACUUUUAUGUAAAACUUUCUCCCGUGUUGAAAUACGGGGGAAACGAGGCCGCACUGUUCCUAUCCUGCUAACUCCAGCACUUGAAAAAAGCAUUAAUUUGCUUAUUGAAACAAGAAAACUGGCUGGCGUGAAUCCCCAAAAUCCGUAUGUCUUUGCAAGAUCAAGCUUUGAUUCUCUGAAUCCUAUUCGAAGUUCGGAUUGCCUUAGAAAAUUUGCAGUAGAAUGCGGCGUUACAAAAGCUACAAAUAUAACAAGUACUAAACUAAGAAAGCAUGUAGCGACAGUUUCCCAAAUCCUCAAUUUGGAAAAAAAUGAUCUGGAAAUCAUGGCAGGCUUUCUUGGGCAUGACAUAAGGAUUCACAAUUCCUUUUACCGACUUCCAAAUGACACACUGCAGAUAGCAAGAAUGGGAACAAUUUUAACAGCAUUUGACAAUGGUGACAUUUCAAAGUAUAGUGGGAAGUCUCUGGAUGAAAUUGCCUGUGAAGAAAUAAACUUGGGUGAGGAUGAGGAAGUUGAAGAUGAUGAGGUUGAAAAUGAUGAUGAAAAUCCAGAUGAAUAUGAAGCAGUCAGACAAAAUGAAAUGGAACAAAAAGCUAAACACCCAAGAGGAAAAGAUUUGUGCCGACUAAAGGAGGAAGAAGUUAACAUUAUAAGAAAGAUUUUCAAAAUGAAUAUUUUAGAACACAAAGAGCUACGGAAAAGAGAAUAUGAGAAAGCAAUGGAUGAAUAUAAAGAGUUGAGAAGAUUAAGCUGGAAAAAAAUUAAAAAUACUGUGCACAAUUUCAUUACACUGGAGAAAAAAAAAAUUAAGAAAAUGCAAGCAAGGAGUAGAAAAUCUUGCAUUCAGAUGCAGAAUUAACUGAUUGAGAUUUCCCUGUUGUGUGGAUAGUACUCAUUUGUUUUGGGGUUUUUUUUAAAUGUAAAAUGGAAUUACUUGAAUUGGGAACAAAUGAUGAGAACAAACUUUCAGAUAUCAAAAAGAUAACAAAUUGAAUAUAAAUUCAUUAUUUAAACUAUUUGAAAAGGAAAAUAAUUCAACCGGGGCAUUAUUUUUUUUGUAUCAUCUGUAAUGACUCUUAUUUUCCUGUCUUUUACAUGUAUUAAAAACUUUUUGAAAGAAUGACAACAUUUUAGUCAGUAAAUACUGUACCAAUUGUCCUAAAUAAUUAUAAUUAUUAAUGACUCAUAUUUGUAUUGAUUUUUUUGAAAUUUUAAAAUUACCGGUACAUUUUUGUCUGCAAAUUCUUUUACAUAAUAGCAAAAUAUUGCAUUUCUGUAGCAUAUUUUGCAAAAUAGUGCAUUUCAUUCACCGCAGAAUUUUGAAUAAAUAUAAAGGGGUCAAAUUAAAAGUUCACUGAAUUUACAAUAAUAGUACUUAAAUUUACUUUCUGUUUUCAUUUACCAGGAUUCUCUUUAAACAAUUUAAUAGCUAGAUUGCUAGUUUUUGAUUUAGAUUGCACCAAACAAAAAGUCUUGGGGAUAAAUUAACUGUACCGUUAAGGAGGUAAAACUCUACAGUAGUUCUAAAAAGCAAUUUGAGCAUAAUAUUGUGUUAAGAAAGUGUAUUUUAUGAGAUGGAAAAUUGAAAAUACAUGGUUCUUUGUUGUUUAAUUUUGUAAAACAGAGGUUUGUAAUUUUUGUGUAUUCAACAGUUAUCUGUACUUCAAAAUACAGUCAGUUUAAUUUUAGGUGUCAGAAUGACGUUUCACAAUGUGUGACUUGUUUUUUAGUUAGAUAAUCUGUAGACUGGUCUGAUGCAUAUGUUUGCUUGAUAAAGGGACCAUCUUAUUUGUUUAUGCUUACAGUUGCAUGUGUACCAGUAAAUUGGGCAUAGAUCUUUCUUUUUUUUUAGCUCACCGAGACAAAGUUGGAAAGUUGGGGGGAGCUUAUGCUAUACCGGCGUCCGGACCUGGUUAAAGUUUUUGUUGCAGGUCCUGUAUCUAAGAUAUUACUUGUCCUAUCUUCACCAAACUUGCAUGGAUUAUGCAUCUGGACCUACUUAUGGACUUGAAAGACUUGGGUGCUGAAUCUGGGUCCCAAAUUUCAGAUGCUGGAAGUGGUUAAGGUUUUUAGAGCAGGUUAAAGUUUUUGUUUCAGGUGCUCUUUGAUAGCAAUAUCUAAGUUACUGCUGGUUCCGACUUCACCAAACUUGUGUCUUAUGAUACUGAUGCACCUGACAGGUUUGAAUGCCUAACCUGAGCCAUAGGUUUCAGAUGCUGGAGGAGGUUAAGGUUUGAAGAGCUGGUUUAGGUUUUUAAAACAGGUGCCCUCUCAUGAUGAUAUCUUAGUUAUUACUUGUCCUAACCACCAAACUUGCAUGGAUGGUGCAUCUUAUGCUACUUAUGCACCUGACAGGCUUGAAUCUGAAUCUGAGCUAUAGGUUUCAGAUGCUGGAUAAGGUUAGGUUUUUGGAACAGGUCUUAUGAUUGAUGAUACAAAAUCUUGUAUUUUAUAUUAUUGUAUUGAUAAACAUUGUAUCUUAUAAUACCGUAUGAAAUGAACAUAUGAUCAUAUCAUACAAUAUUUUUAACAGAUGAUAUACGAUAUUGUGUCAAAACAGUUUCCAUGAAUAUCCAAGAUCAUAAAGUAUGAUUUUCAUAUAACAUGAUAAAGGUGGUCUCAUGAAGGUGAUGUUUCGUCUCGGUGAGCUUUGUAAUUUGUGAUUACCUAUGUUUUUUAAAUGAAUUUAAAUCUCUCGAACAUUAUUUUCUAGAAUCUCUUUUUGAACUGGUCAUUGUUUUUUUCUUUUUCUCAGUAGAGAAAGUAUAUACUAGUAUAUUUAGUUGCAUUUUGGUUCUUAAGAGUGAUAAGAAAAACUGCUGUACUUUGUUUUUUGAGUUGACAUAUUCACGUAAUAAAUUAAUAAUAAAUGAAAACAAAGUUUUCUUUAAUUACA